AUGGGUUUUUACUGUAGGAGCAUUAAUGGCUCAAGGAGAAAGUUGGGGUACCUUUCUUGUGGUACGGGGAACCCCAUUGAUGAUUGUUGGAGGUGCGACCCCAACUGGGAAAGGAAUCGCAAGCGUUUAGCUAAUUGUGGUAUUGGGUUCGGCAAGAAUGCCAUUGGUGGAAGAGAUGGGAAACUAUACGUGGUGACUGACCCCAGUGAUAACCCUAUGAACCCUAAACCAGGUACAUUGAGACAUGGUGUUAUCCAAGAAGAGCCUUUGUGGAUCAUUUUCAAGCGUGACAUGGUGAUCAAGCUACACAUGGAUCUCCUUGUUAAUUCUUACAAAACCAUUGACGGAAGAGGAGCAACUAUCCACAUUGCUGGAGGGCCUUGCAUUAAAGUGCACAACAAGAGGAAUAUCAUAAUCCAUGGCAUACACAUUCAUCAUUGCAAACGAGGUGGGAGUGGAUAUGUGAGUGAUUUUCCUAACCAUCGCACUUGGAGUGCAAGAUCGGACGGUGAUGGGAUCACAAUCUCUGGUGGGAGUCAUGUUUGGGUGGACCAUUGCUCCUUGUCAAACUGUUUUGAUGGCCUGAUUGAUGUUGUUCAUGGUUCAACGGCCAUCACCAUUUCCAACAAUUACAUGACACACCAUAACAAGGUCAUGCUCUUGGGCCACAGUGAUUCCUAUAAAGAUGACAAGAAUAUGCAAGUCACCAUAGCCUUCAACCAUUUUGGAGAAGGGCUAGGAGGAAGAAUGCCUAGAUGCAGGUUUGGAUACUUUCAUGUGGUGAACAAUGAUUACAUACAUUGGCAGCAUUACGCAAUAGGUGGGAGUUCAUCCCCAACUAUUUUCAGCCAAGGCAAUAGAUUUCUUGCUCCAAAUGAUGAAGACCAUAAAGAGGUGACCAAACAUUUUAAAUCAUCAGAAGGAGAGUGGAAGAAAUGGAAUUGGAGGUCUGAAGGAGAUCUAAUGUUGAAUGGCGCCUUCUUCACACCGUCAGGGGCUGGAGCAACAGCUAGAUAUGAUAGAGCGUCAAGCAUGGCAGCAAGACCACCUCUACUUGUGCCUUCAAUGACGGCAGGGGCUGGUGCACUUAGAUGCAAAAAUGGCCACCUGUGCGGACACUAG